GAUUGACCUGGUGGACGAAUCGUCAGCCACCGAGGACUGGUUGUGGCUUUUGUGAAAAUCGAACUUGUCAAACGGGACGAUGAACCAAGGCUUGAACAAACAAACUGACCAGGAGUCCCACAAGAACACCGCGACGUUUCUACUCACGAAACAACCGCGAGGAAACUUCUCGCCGAAUGGUCAUGACAUCAAAAUCGUUAUCGUCGGCAGUGGCCACACUGGAAUCGCUGUAGCCAUUUCCAUACUUUUCAAGCGCUUAGCGUCCGAGCUGAUUCUCAUCGACAAGAAUGAAAAUCUCGCCAAGGCCCAGGCCGAGGACAUCGGCCAUGUUGCAGGCUUUUUGGGAAACCCGAAAAUCGUUGGGACCAAAGAUUACAGCCUCGCGAGAGAUGCUACAGUCUGCGUGAUCACAGCCUGCGCGGGUGCGGAUCACAUAGCUGAAAAAAAAUCGUCGCUGCUUUUGGAAAAUUUGAAUAUUUUCAAAUCCGUCAUUCCCAACGUUUGCAAGUUCGCACCCAACAGUAUACUCGUCGUCGUGAGUCAUCCAGUCGACAUACUGUCGUACGCGACGAUGAAAUUUUCUGGAUUUCCAUCCAAUCGGGUCAUCGGGCUUGGCACUUUUCUUGAUAGCUGCAGAUUUCAGUACUUUAUAUCACGCAAGUUGGGCGUCUCAGCGAGCUCGGUCCAAGCUUUGGUUGUUGGAGAAAAUGGACCAUCGUCCGUCCCAGUCUGGUCGACGGUCAGUGUCAUGGGCAUCAAACUCAAAGACAUUAACAAAGAAAUCGGCAGCCAAACGGACCCUGAGAACUGGUCCGAUCUUCACAGUAAAGUUAUCAGCAGCUCCUUCGACAUUACCAAAAAAAAAGGCUACUGCAAUUGGGGCGUUGGUAUCUGUGCGAGCGAAAUUGUCGAUGCGAUCGUCCGAAAUACUUGCGUUUGUAUAACUGUUUCCACGUUCCUUCAGGGCUGUCGUCACGGAUUCGAGAAAGACGUUUUUAUGUCGCUGCCCUGCAUCGUCGGUAGAAGUGGAGUGCAAUCGUACGUCCGUCAUCUCUACACGAAAGAGGAGCAAGAGCUUAUCCUGAAAUCGUGUAAAAAUAUUUACGAGGCGCAACAACCGAUCCUCGAGCAACUGGAAUAAUUUGAGACCAAAUCACUCGAUCGAAAAAAAAAUGUCAAAAUAAAAACGAAAAUCGAAUUCCGGCUGACGUUUGUGAAAAAAAGUAUUGUUAAAUUAUUGUGUACGUGAAGAAUUAAAAUCGAAUGUGACAAAAA